AUGGCUCCGAUCCACGUUGGCGCUCUGCUCUUCGAUUACCAGACGAUCGACGUUAUUGGACCUUGCGAUCUGCUCAAUUCCGCGAGUAAGAUGCUCAUGGAGGGUAUCAACCGCUAUACCCCCGUGGAUCCGGAACUUCUGGCAAAGGCACCCGACUUCGUCUUCCACCAUAUUGGAGAGACCCUGGAGCCGGUGCGCCAGCUUACGAGUUGUGUGACAAUCGUGCCUACGAUCGCAGUGGAUGACGUCCCGGAAUUGGACAUCCUCCUCGUCGGCGGGGAUAGCCCUGCAAGAUCCAAUCUCCCUCCAAAAUUGCAGGACCUCGUUCGCCGCCAUGCUGCUUCUGGAAAGUUACUCUUCACAACUUGCACCGGGUCCGCGGUUGUUGCAGCGACCGGCGUUCUAGACGGCAGGAAGGCUACAGUCAAUAACCUCGAGUACAAUUGGGUUAAGAAGAAGUACCCGAAUGUCCAGUGGACAAAGGAGAAGAAGUGGAUUAUUGAUGGUAAUAUUUGGACUGGGAGUGGAGCUGUGGCGGGGAUGGACAUGGUUGCACACUGGAUCAAAGAGACUUUUGGCCUGGACAUUCUUAUUCAAGCCGCAUUGUCGCUUGAUUUUGAACCAAGGGAUGUCGAUGGACUUUUCAACGUUCUGCCCCAGCGUUACGAUUUGACUGGAAACAAGAUUUCCACCCAUGUCUUCCCGGAGUAG